AUGGCGGGCCUUGUCGCGCGCAGUCUGCAGCGCUGCUCGGUAAAACCCGCGCUAGGCCGGAUCAAUUCGGGAACGGAGGCAGUUCUCUCCUUUGCUACCAGUACGUAUUCUUUAGCUGCAAUGACGCCGGCGGCGAUGUGA